AUGGCGAAGGCUCUUGGAACCUUCAGAGCAUUCUACCUCGUAGCGUUAUGCUGCGUUGGUUCUUUUCUUUUUGCCUAUGACACCGGUAUUGUUGGUGGAAUUCUGACCUUCCCGAGCUUCCAACGGGAUUUCCGAUAUACCACCAAGGACAAAGCCAGUGUCGGUUCACUAUCCACGAGUCUUUUGCAAGCUGGCGCUUUCUUCUCCUGCUUCUUCAUCUGGCCCUUCACCGCUCGAUUUGGCCGCUGCUGGUCUCUUGUUCUGGCCUCGGCUAUUUUCAAUGUCGGCGCCGUGGUUCAAACCAUCAAUACUCAUCAUCUCGCCGGAUUUUACAUUGCUCGAUUUGUCUCGGGAGUCGGCGUUGGCAUGGCCACUGUGAUAGUGCCCAUGUACUCAGCUGAGAUGGCACCGAAAAAUAUCCGUGGCAUGCUUGGUAGCAUGUUCCAGUUCUUCUUUACCUUGGGAGUCAUGACUUCGUACUGGGUUGAUUAUGCAGCGAGCAUCCAUAUCCCUGAUGACAGCAGCGCCCAGUGGCAACUACCGGUCGGUUUACAGCUUGUUCCCGGCACUAUUCUUGGCUUAGGAAUGCUCUUCACAAAGGAGAGUACUCGUUGGCUGGCCAAGACAAAUCGUCGUGAGGAGGCUUUGCAAUCUUUGAUAUGGGUACGCGGUGGAGAUUCUCCAGAAGUCCAAGAAGAAUUUGGCGAGAUUGUUCGCAGCAUCGACGAAGAGAACCGUAUCAAGGCUGGCUUGACUUGGAAAGAGCUUACUGAACCCGUCAACCGUUACCGACUCGGCCUUAUCAUUGCUUUGCAAAUCGGCGUUCAACUCACCGGCAACACCUCCAUGGCGUACUAUGCUCCUCAGAUUUUCGGUCUAGUUGGUGCCGGCCAGGACAAGCUUCUGCUUACCGGCUUCUUCGGUCUUGUCAAAGUCGUGGCGUGUCUUUUCUUCCUGCUAUUCCUCGUUGAACGAAUCGGUCGUCGUGGCUCCCUGCUAGGAGGGGCAGGCCUCAUGGGCACUUACAUGCUCAUCGUGGCAAUCUUGACAGUCAAGUUUCCUCCGAACCCUGAUGCUGGACUGACCCCUCCUUCUAUUGCCUCUCUGACUAUGAUUUAUCUCGAAGCCAUGAGCUACAAUAUCUCUUGGGGGCCUGUACCGUGGGUUUACACUGGUGAGAUCUUUAGCAGCCGGACUCGCGAGGCUGGCAUUGCCAUCAGCACUUCAACGCAAUGGCUGUUCAACUUCGUCUUUUCUCAAGCCACUCCCCACGCUGUCAAGAACCUUGGCUGGAGGACAUUUCUCAUGUUCUCAAUUUUCAAUUUCGCGCUUGUUGUAUUUGUCUGGUUCUUUAUCACGGAGACCAAAGGCAAGUCUCUAGAAGAAAUGGAAGAUCUCUUUGCCCGUCGGGCUGGCGUCACUAUUGCGAGACCUGUAGAAGACGGAGUAGGAAGUGAGAAGGAGUUGAAGAGAGAGGUUGUAAUGCAGUCUGCCAAGUCGAACUAG